AUGUCGAAGUCUUCGAUUGUCAAAGUCGCAGUCACGCAACAUGAACCUGUGUGGUUCGAUCUCACAGCUACGGUGGAUAAGACUUGCAAAUUGAUCGCUGAGGCAGCAAGGGAAGAUGCGAAAUUAGUUGUUUUUCCUGAGGUUUGGAUUCCAGGAUAUCCGGCCUGGAUCUGGCAGCGUCCCAUGGAUGUAGAGCUCGGGACCAAGUACGUCAAAAACUCCCUAUCGUAUGACUCUCCCGAGAUGGCCAGAAUUUGCACUGCAGCCCGCACAGCUCGUAUCGCCGUAGUCCUCGGUUUCAGCGAAAACGACCACAACAGUCUAUACAUAGCGCAAUGCAUCAUCAACGCCUCGGGUACCAUCGUGAUGAAGCGACGCAAGAUUAAACCCACGCAUAUGGAACGCACCGUGUAUGGGGACGGCGACGGCACCAGUCUCAACAACGUGGUAGAGGUCGAGGGCAUCGGACGAGUCGGUGGACUAAACUGUUGGGAACACAUGCAACCGCUUCUUAAGUAUCACACGAAUAGCCAGCAUGAGGAGAUCCAUGUUGCGGCGUGGCCGCCAAUGCAUUUAGCGGAGAAAGGGGUUGAAAGUAAGGUGGCCUGGGGUAUGAGUUCUGAAGGUAUGUAUGAUAGCCUUGUUGCCAACACACAAGCCGCUAUUCCCUUUUCUCGGUUCCAAGACUCUUUUUCCUCAGCCAAUUUUCCCCUUCGCUUAUACCCUUCUCCCUUGUCUCAUAUAGAAGAACUAACCAAUCUCCUCUUCCAAGGCGCUAGUGCUCUUUCUCGCGUCCACGCCAUAGAAGCUUCGACUUUCGUCUUAUGUUGCCAUCCUACCAUCUCGACUGCUGGCAUUACCGCCCACCGUGUCGAAGGCAAUCCGCUCUUCGGCCACAUUGGCGGUGGCGACUCGGCUGUGUAUGGGCCCGACGGGCGGAGGAUGACAGAGCCUCUUGGUAUGGAUGUAGAGGGUUUCGUGUUUGCCGAUUUAGACAUGGAUGAGUUGAUCAGCAUAAGACUCUUCGCGGACGCUGUGGGCCAUUACUCCAGGCCCGACUUACUUUGGCUGGGCGCAGAUACCAGGGAAAAGAAGCAUGUUAAGAGGGAGGGCGAUGGUGGUAGUGCGGGUAGGGAGAAGGAGAAGCUCGCGCUGGAGGAAGACAAGGGGGAAGUAUGA